AUGGCGAACAGUGCAGCCUGGAGCUGCAUCGCAGCCACCUUCACGCUGCUGCUAGCCAUAAUGGUGGCCUCGACGCAGGCAGAAUAUCCCGGCGUUAUUGAACUAGUGGGCUACAGCAAUCGACGUGCGCGCACGCACUUCGUGCCCAGCUCCGAGGAGAGUUCCAAUCCCACGUUGGCACCUCCAGCUGCCAAAAUACGCGCCGACAUUGAAACUGUGAAGCGCAAUAUGAAGAAAUAUGAUCGUUUGCUGGCCUUGGAUACCAAGAACUUGCCUGAACCCCAAAAGGACAUGCUGGCACGAAUUGUGGAGCGUGUCGCGCGGCUCAAGGAGUCGCUCGACAUUGAGGAGCUACAGCUGAGCCAACAGGAGGACACCUCAGCCAAGAGCAGCACGACCCAGCAACAGCUGAGCAGCGAGCAGGAGGUCAGCACAUUGCCACCCACGGCGCAAAUGGAAACGGAAACCGAUCCCACGCUGCUGCUAGACGAGACCACACUGCUGGAACUGCAACAAACUAUGGACGAACAGGCUGCCCUGCAGGCAGCGGUCACAGCCCAAACGACGCUCAUGCGCGCAGAGGCGCCCACCACCACAGACAUUAGCAUGGAUACAGCAUUGGGCGAUAGCACCAGCGAGCAAGGCGAAGAAAUGGAGCCGGAAGACGAAACAAACAGCACAGAAUUGUCGCUGGGCUCUACCACAAGCGAUGAUGCGCUGACCGAUGCCACCGAUCCUGAUGAUCAAUUUGUGGCCGCACGUUCCAACAACAACAUUGCCGCAAUUACAGCAGCCGAUGCUGAUCCCAGCACGACCACAACAACCAGUGCCGGCAAUCAACGCACACUGACCACCAUGGGCAAGCUGAAGCAUCGUGCGACCAAGCGACCCUUUGGCCACAAGUCCAAUACGGUCGCCGCCCCCAAGCGUGGUCAGCGUCCGAAUAGCGUGAGUACCGCGGCUGCAAAUGCUGCAGCAGCUCAGAGGCCCAGCACGCCCAGCAGUGGCAACAAGCAGAAACUCUCCACAAGCUCGACCGCUAGCACCAGUUACCAGCAGAAGCUGCAGACGCCUGGAAAGCCAGUGCUGCAGCAACAGAACAAGGUCAGUAGCGCCUCCGCAACAGGCACUACGCCCAAUCUAUACUCAAGUAGCAGCAGUAGCAGCUCAGCAAUGACAGCAACCAGCAAUUCGGCCACACCAGCACUGCCUUUGGAGCAACUCUACACGCGCACGCCACAGGCCAAUAUACCAGUGGCUGCGCUCGCUGCCUCGCCCUCUUCAACAUACAGCAGUAAUAAUAACGAUGCCAUCGUCUACGAUGCGCACGUCAAUGCAUCGGCCAUAAUUGAUAGCCUAAACACACAUGCACGCGAGGAAUACUAUCAGCAGAAGCAAACCGUUAACAACAAGGAUAAUAAGAAAACAGCGACAGCGAAACCCACCAAAUAUCAUUAUUAUCCACACAAUCAACACAUCUAUCUGCUGCCCGAGUGUGCAAUCCAGCAAGUUUGUAAUGCUGUCUACGUGCGUUUAAAUUACACCCAACCGCUCUGCGCAUGUCCAUCAAGAUAUCGUGAUCCCUGCUCGGCCAGUCUGAACGAAGACGAUCAGCACACAACGAAAUUGGUUGGUGAUAAUAAAAAGAAGGCAAUUACCUUGGCGAAGACCUGCGAGGCCACCACAGAAAUGCGCGAGUGCCGCUCGCCCAAGGAUUGGUCGCUGCUGGCUCUGCAAAAUACGCGCACUGGCAAGUCCCACUACCUGGUCAUAUGUCGCUGUCCGGAUCAUUUUAAAAUGGAGGGUCCAAUGGCGCAUGAUCAGCCCACGUAUGCCAGCGUCCCCGGCAUACGCGUAUUCGGCAUGAUGUGCGUCAAGCCGGGCUAUUCGGUACGCAAGCCCAGCUCGCAGCCGCCGAAACGCUAUCAGUUGCAGAAGCCCUUCUACAGACCGGGCACACAAUCCAGCUAUGUGGGAGUGGCGGUGUAUGGUUCGGCUCAAAAGGAUAGCUAUGGACGACCCAUCUACAGCGGUGGUAGCAACUCGGGCGGUGGUGCAUCCGCUCUCAGCUCCAAUUACCAACCACCAGAUCAAAGCUUUCAGAAUGGCGGCGGCAGCAGCUAUCAAUAUCUGAAUCGCCCGGAGAGCACGCACUCGCAUAAUGCGCCCAACUUCCGUCCGGAUCAAUUCUCUAUCAACAAUUUUCCAGGCAGCAACUACGGACGCAACAAUGAAAGACGCGGCGAUGCGCCCAUUGAGGCGGCAGGCGCAGAGGAGACAUCCAUAGCCAGCAGCACGCAGGCCAGCGACGAAGCCCGCACCACGCUGCAAGCAGAACUGAGCGAGGCAGUGGCCGCUGCGGCCAGUGAGCUCGCCAAACCAACGGAAUCUCAGCAGCCGCAGCAGCUGGAGAGCCGCAGCAAACGCUCCGUGGUGUCGGAGGCGGAGAGUUAUGAGCCCGAGUUUCCCUGGGAUCGUGUACUGGAAUUCCAACAGACCAUAGUCUGGGACUAA